CAACAAGGCACGCACCCAUGCUCCGACCCCAUUUGCGACCAAAUUUCCGUUCUCUCGCUAACAACACUUUUACCCACACUCGUUCCAUUACGAGGCUGCCAUUAAAAAGGAAUGCGCUGACCGGUCGCAUCCGAACGAUAUACACCUAUCCAUCCAGGCCCGCGUCCUUGGGCGCCCGAAUCUGGUUUCGUCCCGAUGGAACACCCAGAUCCAAGUUGAAGGGAAUCGCAAUUGCCACCUUGUUCGGCGCUGCGCUCUACAGCACCUGGACAACUCUGCUCCUGCUCGAAGACCUGGCAUACGAAAAUGCGCUGAUGUCGGCUCUUAUACAUAUCCAGCGCGUUGACUAUGAACUGUUCCCUGGCGGCCGCGCCCAUGAUUUCUCCACGGAGCUGAACGCCGAUGGAAGUGAUGAUGUGGAUGGACUCGCCGACCCGCGUGUUGCCGUCGAGUAUUUCGCCUCCCUGUGCGAAUACAUGCAAGUAGAGGAGGGUCUGCCUCAAGACGCGCUAGAGACCUUCUUCGAUAACGUGGUGUCGGUGGUGAAGGACGCGAACGCUGCCCAACUGCAGUAUGACCCAGCUGCAAGCGCGGAAGACGUCCCUCUUCCUGCACGAAUCCAUGUCCUUGUUCGAACAGCAGCCCGAGCCGUGCACAAAAUCCUCGCGAAGGGCCGGACGCAUGAUCCCGUUGAGCUCGCUGCGGCCAUCAUCAUCGUGCUUGACACGGCACUGCUCGCGGUGUUGGCUGUGAUGGAGGAGGCCAGGGAAGAAAUGCACAUCGAGGGCGAGGAAGCUGAAGCUGAAGCCGGACGCGCUCUUCGAGAAAAGAUGCGAUCGUUGCGAGAACAGCUGGAGACCAGGGAGAAGGAGAGAGACGGAUCUCGGGACGAGGAGAAGGGAAAGGGAAAGGGUACUGGCGGUGCGGAGAAGUUCGAGGUCCUGGGCUAGACUGGGCAUUCGAUUUUGUGUUCCUUAAGUCAGAGUGUCGUACGCUCUGCUCGAUGUUUGCCCAUGCUCGUCUUGCACUCGCACAUGAGUGCCUUGCGGCGCUGGUGUUUACUUCAGGGCAGGCGAGUCCAUUUUUUCGUCCUGGGAUAUUCCUUACUGUACCUCAUGACUUCGGUCGAGAUCUAGAGCCUGAUACGUCUAUUCAAGGAACGAGAUCCUGCAAAUGCUUGACAACGCCCGCCCAGGCCUUCGAAGUUCGCAGAAUCAGAAAGAUUCACUCUAGUUCUCGGCUCUUUUCAGCAGCGAACGUGCGAUGACAAUCGAUCCCGCCUAAUGGAACCCACUUUGUGGUAAAUCUUUUCACUCUUCAAGCCACAAAAGUUGUUUGGUGUUGUAAUUUUCCUGUCCUCGUCCUUCCCAUGUCGAAAUUAUACGUGGGGAACCUCAGCUUCGGCGUUGACGACGACACCUUCUAUCAGGCCUUCAGUCAAUUUGGCCAAGUGACGGAUGCCAUCGUCAUGAAGGAUCGCGAGACUGGUCGUUCCCGCGGAUUCGGCUUUGUUACAUUCAGCACUGCCGAAGAAGCUCAGGCCGCUAUCGACAACCUGAACGAACAGGACCUUGAGGGCCGCCGCAUCCGUGUGAGCUUGGCCAACGAGCGUCCGUCUGGCGGAGGAGGAUUUGGCGGAGGCCGCGGUGGUGGCGGUUACGGUGGAGGCCGCGGACGCGGCGGUUAUUCUGGCGGAGGAGGUUACGGUGGAGGCGGCGGAGGCUACGGUGGAAACAGCCGCUACAACCAAGACCAGAGCGGUGGCGGCUCCUGGUGAAGAGCAAAACACCUUCGCGCUUGGGAUCUUCAGUGGCAUCGAUUUGAAUCUUUCCAGUUGCUAUCGCUAUUCUCUGUAUUGUAUCGCCCAUCAUACUGCACGGUUUUUACGCGUCUCUCUGUCAUGUAUCCCCUAGCGAAUGUAAAUCAUCAAGAGGAUCUCCCUGAUCGAUGGCGAAGGCAUGGCUCGCAGAAAAGGAAGCGGAGUUUCCUAUUUCGGAGAUAUCUUGGACUUCAAGCUUGGUCCAUCUCCUGUCAGGAAGUUACAAUAGACUAGAACAUAUUCGCUGUACACUUUCCUGUAGCGAUUGAAUUCGUUCAAGAGAAUUGGUGAAGAUUUCUACUCUUGAACGACCCAUUUCACAGAUCUCAACAGCUUUGUCUUUACGUCUUGAUCUGGAGCUUCU